AUGUCUGUUUCAUUCGAAAAAGCAAGUUCUCUGGCCAGUCGUUUUCGGGAUGCUCUUCCUUCUGUUUUGAAAAAGUCCCGCCAUACUGAGAUUUGGGGUGUUGAUAUAAAGCACGCGGAGUGGCAGGUACUGGAGGUAAUCUUGGAAAAGUUCCUCAGAAGCCGUUCCGCAAUCCCUGCACUUCAGGUCCCCAGGGCAAUUGCCUCACUUGAGAAAACUCUGGAAUGGCGACGCUUCUCUGACCCGAGGGCUCUCCUUACUGAAGCAGAGUCCAUUCUUCCAGACUUGGAUCUGUGCCACAUUACUUUGAAUGAAGGGCAAUAUGUGCUGUGGGUUAACAUUGAUGAGAUGACUAUUAAAGGAUACUCAGCAAUACACCAAAGCCUGACGACAUCUCAAGGGCUGGUGCAGUUAGGUCUUGCUGUAAUGGAGAGACUCUCCACGCUUCUGCUGGAUACAGCCGCCAGUUCUGAUCGACAAGACUAUUCGGCUUCCUGUGUGAUUGAAUUCAAAAUACGUGCCAUUCAAAAUGCUAAGAAAGGACAGCAGUCUUUCCAGGAAAAGCUCUGCAAUGCCCUCGAAGAACUGGUGGUAAUCAUUCGGCGCCACUAUCCCACUAUUCUGGGAAAGGCGUACAUCAUCAAUUUUCGUGAUGAAUACCUAGCAUAUCUUGAUAUCGAUGAAGCUCUCUUGAGAGAUACGGUACUGUUGAAGAAUCCAGUGGACCUUCAUCGAUAUCUUGGCUCACAACUUCCACCUCGGUAUGGCGGUACUGGGGAAUCUUUUGGGGAAUCGGACUUUCUCCAUCGUUACUGCCUUGCGAGGCAUCUAGAAGGGAGAAAUAGUCUCGAGACGCCGGAGGUCAGUGCAGCAGCAAGUACUGAGACCGAAAAGACCGGGGUGAAAAAGGAAACUGCAGCUUCCACUUUGAAUACCGGCUGUGCCUGUCCCGAAGGCUUGGAAACAGAGGAGCAGAAACCUCGCUUAAUUUACUCAGAAAUCAUUGGACCUCCAUCUAUCAUACUCGACCCUGGCGACUUGCAGAGAGCAAACGAUCUUUGUCCUGGCAAAAUGGGGGCGCGUAUUGUUUUCGCAGAUUCGGAUAUGGUCGUGAAAUUUGGCUAUGGUGUUCGUUUAGGCGAAGCCGAAGCGCUACAUUUGGCAUCUACCCGUACGACCAUAGCUACACCAAGGCUUCUUAGUGCAUAUAUUCUUGACGGUUUUGGAUACAUUGUAAUGUCAUAUGAGGCGGGCGAGCCGCUCCAACAGUACUGGGACCGUGUUUCGAAGGCUGAGCAAAAUCGCAUACUGGAGAAUUUACGGGACUACGUGAACCAGAUGCGGGAUAUUCAAGGGGAUUUCAUCGGUGGACUUGACAGAUCACCCUGUCGAGACGGCAUCUUCGAGGCCGGCUACGGCGACUACACUAGGUACUGCUAUGGCCCGUACCCAUCCGAGGAAAGCUUUGACGAAGGAAUCGUUCAAGCUUUGCGAGAUCGACUGCCCUCGGAAGUGCUUGAACGUGAACAUGACAUUGAAUCAAACUUUUUCAACAGCGAAUACAUGCUGUACCAAACGGUCCGAGGUCUCAAAAAUCACAAGAUCGUGUUUACACACGCGGAUCUACAUCCGGGGAAUAUCAUUGUUCGCACUGACGGCACUAUUGUUCUGCUGGACUGGGGCCUAGCUGGAUUUUGGCCGGAGUAUUGGGAGUUCUACCGUGCCAUGCAUAAUUCACCCUGGAGAGCCUCGUGGGAUCGCAUGGUGGAGAAAUUUAUUCCGCCUUUUUAUGUUGAGUAUAGUGUGAUUAAAAGGGUAUUCGCGACCGUGUGGAACUAA